AUGGCAGAUCAGCCUCAUUCUGAAAACGAAGUCCUCUCGUUAUGGGCAGUGCCUGCCAAUCCUCAACACUUGGCGGAUGUCAUCGCUUCGCUUGCGGAAGAGCUUGGAACGUCUAAGUUCGAUCCGCAUAUUACAAUUCUAGGAAGUAUCCCAGUGCCGAAGGAUGAAGUGCUUGAACUCACACUCAAAGUGGCGGCGGAGGCCCGGAGAUUCAAUGCAACCCUAACCGAAGUCACCGGCCACGCCAGAUUUUUCGAAUGCAUCACCGCAACACCUUCUCCCACGACCGAGCUGCGAACCUUACGCGCUGCAGCGGAGAAGAUUUUCGAAGGACAUUGUCAGUCCGUUCUACCAUAUCGCCCGCAUCUAAGCCUGCUAUAUGGCGAGCUUGAUGAGCCUGCUAAGGAGGCCGUCAUUAAGCGGCUAAAGGAACAGACGGGCGUAGGGAUUGGCGUUCUUGGUGAAGUGAUCCCUAUCGAACGUCUACAGAUUUGGACGACGGGACGAUCCGUGGAGGAGUGGGAGAUGAUUGGGGAGGCUUUACUAGAUAUGUAG